CGCUGUUUGCCCAUCUUCCCCGGCCAGAGGGAAUCCGCUCCAAUGGCGGCCCGACUCGGAAUCCCUUCUUCCCCGCUACCUCAUGACGAUUUCUCCCAGAAGAGAGUCCAGCAAUAGAAAGAAGUUACCGUUAAUUGCUUUCAGAUUCGAAUCUUGAUUUCCAAGUCGAGCGGAUAUGUCAUCAAGUGAGGCUCCUCUUGCCUGAUGGACGAAUUUCUCGGAGCAGUCGAUGGCGUCGCGGCGAUCUUGCGCCGCGUGCUGCUGCGCGAUCCGAGCAACCGCCGAGAGGCCGCCACGUGGCUCGCGGCGUUCCUCGGCCGCAUGCAGCUCCCGCCCGCCCUGCGCCGCGCGCUCCUCUGCCAGCUGAUCGUGCGCAGCGGCGCGCUAGGGCCAGGCUCCUCUGACUGUUCUCUGCUGCGCCAGCUGCUGCAGCUGCUGUGCGAGGAAAGGCCAAAAGUUGCCGCCCGGCUGCUGAUGCACGACUCGGCGCUCAUCCGCUCGUUCUUUGAUGCCAGCCCCCGGCGCGUGCUCCUCUGGUUUGACCACUACAGCAUGGGGCCCAGCACUCAGCAGGGGGGCGGAAGGGGGGAGGGGGAGUGGAGAGGGGAGGAGGAGGACCAUCCAGGUUCGGGCCGGUUGGUCAUGCCGAGCCGAGCUCUGGUUCGGAACCACAGGUUCGGCGCGCGAGCUCUGGCACAGUUUGUGUUUGCACACCGAGAGGAGCACUGGCAUAGGUUGGUUUGGGCGGGAAAGCACGCUCAGACUCCGGUUACUGUCGCCGCCCGGCCGCAUUAUUUCUGCGAGCUGGACGUCUCGGGCACCAUGAAAAACUUUUUGCGCGAGGUGCCCGAGUUUUGGGCGUCUCCUGAGCUCGGGGAAACGCUGGAAGACGGGGCGUUUUUGUCGCUGGAUAUCGGGUUUUUUGUAGAGGAGCUGACGAGGAUGCUUAUAAGGGAAAUGGAAGAUGAGAGGCGGAGGAGGGAGUGGGAGGAGGCAGUGGAAUUAGUUUUGAGGACAGGGAGGGAGGGUGGAGUGGAGAGGAGGGAGGGUGAGGGGAGGGGAGGAGCGAGGGGAGGCGAGGGGUGGAUGAGAGAGGAAGCGGGAAGGGAAGUUAGGGGAAGGGAGGAGUGGAAUAGAGAGGAUGGAAGGCGAGAGGAAGGGAGAAGAAGUCGGGGAGGCAUGCUGGUUUGUGAGGCUGUGGAGGCUUUUGUUGAGUCUGCUGACUGGGCGGUGGUGUGCGGUAGAGUGCUGGCUGCGGCAGGGGAAGAGGGGCUGGAGGGUGCUGCAGGGGGGGUGUGGAGAUGGAUGCAAAGAGGACGAGGGGAGGACCGGGGGGGGCUGGACAAGAGGGGGAGAGGAAGCAAGAGAGAGGAUGAGAGGGAGAGGGAGCGGGGUAUUAAAAGGGAGAGGGAAGGGAAUGGGCGACGGCCAUUGAGAGAAGUGGAAUGGAGCGAAGGAAGGAAGAGUAAGGUGGAAGAGGCAUCAGGAAUGAUGGAGAGGCGAGGAGUGUUAGAAGAGAUGCUCCUUAGGGAGUGCUGGGAUGGAGCCGAAGGCAGGAGCAGAGGGGAUAUAGGGGAGGAGUGGAGGAGAGAGAAGAACGAAGGGGAGAGAAGGAGAGACAGGGGAAGGGAGAGGAGGAGAGAGAAGGAAGGCGAGAAGACGGGCAGCAAGAGCUCACGAAACGCCAAGGCUGGGUCCCUAGCGUCCAUUACGUCCGUCACGUCGUUUGAGUCGCUCCUUCUCCUCGUGGGCUGUGCGUGCCACGGCCGGCAGGUGGCGCUGCUGCUGCUGCGAGAGGGCGAGUGGGCGAAGGAGGGGAAGCAGCUGACCGCCGCACUGCAGAGCUGCUUCUCUGCCUCUGCAGAGGAGCCACCGGGUAAGGUGCUGCUGGAUGCUAUUGUGAAUGGCGGCGGUGCAGAAGUAGAGGAGAAGCAGAGGGAGGGGAGGCGGAGGGGUGGAGGAGAAGGGGAGAGGGCCACUGAAGCAGGUAUCACGGGAGGGAUGCGGGUGGUGAUGGGCAUCUGGAUGCUCCGAGCCCAUGUGAUGGCAAGCAUGGGGUCGGGUGCACAUGGAGACGAGCACAUGGACACACGACACAUGGGCAUGGCGAUGGGUGAGGUGGGGGAGAAGGAAGUAGCACCCAUGUUGAGGUGUCUAGGCGUUGCUGUGGAGCGGACAGGUGCAGAGGGGUGCUUGGGUGAGCAGGAUGGGGAAGGUGGGGAUGCGAGAGUGGGGGAUGGAAAAGGAGCGAGGAAGAGGAAGAGAGGCGAGGAGAAGAAGGAUCACCAUAGGAAGAGGAGUCGUCAGAGUGAGAGGAAGAGAGGGGAAACGAAGAGCAAGGGGAAGAGGAGGAGCAAGAGGAUGAGCAAGAGGAGGAAGAGGAGGAAGAGGAGGAAGAGGAGGCGCAAGGGUGAUAGUAGCAGUGAUGGCACCUCCUCUCCCUCCUCUUCCUCUUCCAGCGAUGAGGCACACAGUAGUAGUAACAGUGAAGCGCCUUCUAAAGAGGACAGGAGCUCGGACGACAGCGAGAGUGAGAGUGAGGAUGUGAGGGAUGGUGAGGGAGCGAGAGGGAGUAAGGGAGCGGGAGAGAGUGAGAGUGAUAACGAGGGUUCAAGAAGCAGCGGGGAGGAGCGGAGAGCACGGAAGCGGAAGCGAGGGAAGCAACAGCGGAGAAGGAGGAAAGAUGGGGGCGAUGCUGCUGCAGCAGCUGACUGGCAUGAGAGGGUUGCUUUGUCACCGCAGCCCAGUGCGGGUCCCAGUGGAUGGAAGCUGCAGCUGGGACCGCUGGGGCUUACGUGCAGCGCGAGGGAGCUUCCAGACGCAAUAGCAGAUGGUCUGCUUCGCUUGUAUAUAAAUCACAUGCUACAUGACAGUUCACAAUCAUAACCACUGGUUACAUGGUGUAAAGGGAUUUGUUUGUUCAGUGAAUAAAUAUGUUUAUGAAUCAUCUUGUAAAAUUCAUAGGGAUCACCAUUAGUUGUCGCUACCGAGUUGUUCAUGAGUUGCUGCAAUGUCUGCAUGACAAGAAGCUGUUUCUAUCAACAAAUAUAAUUAUCUAGGCUAGCUAGUUUAUAUUUGUUAUAGCCUUAGUUA